AUGUGGUACGACAAUGAACGGGUCCCAGAGGAAGAGGGGGUGAGUAAGCUACUCGUUGGAAAAACGUUCGCCUACUUUCCCAAAUGUCCAGACGAUGAAGGUCGUCAUGUGCAGGGGGAGGGCGAUAUUCCCCAUGGGGGGAAUCCCAACCAAGUGGACAAUAUGGAAACCAUGGAUCAUAUGAACAGUGCAGGGAAUGAGGGCAUCACAGAUAAUACGAUAGAAGACGUGGAGGACACGCAUAGGGGGGAUGACCCAGUUAAUGAAUCCAAUGGGGACAGCAUGCACAACAUUGACGCAGUGGACAGCGUAUUCUUCAAACAAAAGGAGUACGUAUUAAUCCAGCAGAGACUGGGGAGGACUAUUAUCCCCCUAAACCCAGAGCUACUGGCACAGUCUACAAUGGAACAGGAAAUCAUAGAUGGAUACCUAAGCGAGAUUCAUAAAAAUGUCGGUAAGUGUUCUAUCCUAACAGAGUAUUCCUUUCUAAUGCAAGAAAUGCCAAGGGGAAUUUACUGCCUUCCACAGGAGGAUAAUUUACUAGUAUGGGAUGUAUUCAUAGUUUUGUAUAGCACUGUUUAUAAGAGUGGAAAAUUUAAGGCGCAAAUCAGGUUGGGAGAAAAUUACCCACAUACAAUUCCUGAGGUAUUUUUUUUAUCCCCCGUUUUUCAUCCUUUAAUAAAUUUUCAAACGGGAAAAUUAAAUUUAGGCAAACAUUUAAAUGAGUGGACUCCAAAAAGUCAUUACAUGUCGUUAAUAUUUCUCUACAUGAGAAAUAUUUUUUAUUUAAAGGAUGAAUACAGCAAGGAAAACAUCGAAAAUGAGGAGGCCUAUUUUUUACUCAACAAUGACAGGGAGUUGUUUCUUCGGAAGGUUCAGGACUGUGUGCAGAAGUCCAAUGAGCAGCUGUACCAGCAGCUAGACAACUACAUGUUUAACUUUUCCGAUGAGAUGGCUAGCCGGGAAAUUUCCAACAUGAUGGAGCAGGUGAAGGACGACUCCCUGUGCAACAGGAAAGCGGAGGCGUUCAUACACUGGCUUGUCAACGACUACGCCGGGGGAACAAGUGAAAAUCCACCAAGUGAAGAUGUGAUAAGUGAGAAUCCACGAAGUGAAGAGAUACUUAGUGAGGACCCUCCCAGCGACGGGGAGGAAGAGGGGGGUGAACCCCCGAACGAAGUGACCCCCCAUUGUGACAACGCUAAGCGCGAACACGAGAAUGACGACGCAACAUCCGUGGACGCUACCCCCGUUGAGCACCUCCGGAGGGACAGAAAGAAGAGGUAA